AUACAGGAAACCCCUUUGCAGUCAGACAUACAUUUAUGUAACAUUUGUUAUUGAUACAGUGAUAAAUAAUAAAAGUAAUGUGUUAUUGUUGGACUAUUCCGACGUUGAAUAGUUCUGGGAUCCAUUAUUUUGCCUCCUCCGCCAUGAUGAACUAGAGCUAGCCUCAGCUAACGAGCUAACAGCUAACAGCUAGCUUAGCCUCAGGCUGCGGACCGCUGCGGUGACGGGAGGUGCUCUCGGCUGAGAUGGACGGAUGCUCUGCCCCGCAGCGUUCAACACACCCGUCGUAGUUUAAACACAGCAUGCGAGGACAACAUUCACACGUGGAGCUGCUGCCCGCUGUGGCGGAGGGCUGCUGGUAGCCGACCCCGGAGCAGCGCGUCCUCGACACGGUGAAGACAGCCCCGCUAGCCGAGGCUGUGCACGGGGCUACACGGACAGCUCCUCUCUGCGGUGCACCACUGCACCACUGAGCCUCCAGGGAUGUUCUCCAAGAAGCCUCAUGGGGACGUGAAGAAGUCCACACAGAAGGUGCUGGACCCAAAGAAGGACGUGUUGACCCGGCUGAAGCACCUCCGGAUAGUGAUAGAAAACGCUGAGCAGUCAGAGCUGAAACAGUUCUUCGACCUGAACUACUCCCACAUCUACUAUGUCUUCUUUGAGAACUUUGUCACCAUUGAGGUCAGCCUCAAGCAAAAAGGUCACAAGUCUCAGCGGGAGGAGCUGGACUCUAUUCUCUUCAUUUUUGAGAAAAUCCUCCAGCUCCUGCCAGAGAGAAUCCAGAGCCGAUGGCAGUUCCACAGCAUCGGGCUGAUCCUCAAAAAGCUGCUGCACACGGGGAAUUCUCUGAAGAUCCGUCGUGAAGGCGUGCGCUUGUUCCUGCUGUGGAUGCAGGCCUUGCAGAAUAAUGCGGAGCGCGAACAACUCUGCAUGUUCGCCUGUUUGAUCCCUGGCUUCCCUGCUCCACUCUGCCACGGGACCCCACGCACCCUGGACACUCUGAUCAACCCACCGCUGAGUUUAACAGAGACUCAGGUUACCCCAGAAGAGAUCACUCCAUUGGUUCCUCCCCAGUCAGGUGACAAGAACCAGGAAGACCACACUGCUUACUUUUUAGAAGCGCUGCUCAAAUACAUGGUAAACCAGGCCAAGUCUCUCGAGUGGCGUUGUAAAGAGAACCAUGAACGCGGCUUCAGCUUCCUCUUUGCUCACUUCAGGAAGUUUUACCUUCCUCACAUCUUUCCCAACUUCGCCAUGGAGACCAGCCUCUACAACCCAAUACUUGACGUGCCCCCGAUGCGUCCCAAGCCCUACUACAGCGUGGUGCGCAGGGAGCAGGACGGCGGUGAAACCGUGUACUGCACCAAGGAGAGCUUCCUUCAGGCCCGAGUCAUCUUCAUCCGCUGGCUGGUUUCAUUCUGGCUCGAGCCACGGCCCAACACGCACACACAAAUCCCAGGAACAGAGGGAGAGAACGUCCCCAAGAACAUACAGCGAGCAGCAGCCGGACUGGCAGCUCGCUCUGCAGGCAGCUCAGACGACAGCGGUGGAGGUGGGAUUCGGUCUGACAGCCACUUCGAAGGCAGCGGCUGCUCAUCUGGAUCAGGCGGAGGCAGCUUGGGGAUGUCUGGGGGUCUAGGGCCCGGUGGGGAGCCCGAGCAAAGCCACUCCAACACGUCCACGCUGACAGAGAGGGAGCCCAGCUCCUCCUCGCUCUGCUCCAUCGAUGAAGAGCAGCUCACGGACAUGGAGGUGGUGAGGAGAGUGCUGACCAACUCCAGAACCAACGUCAACUUCAUCACUGAGAUCUUCAGACAGGCAUUUCUCCUUCCCAUGUGCGAGGCUGCGGCGAUGCGUAAAGUGGUGCGUGUUUACCAGGAGUGGAUCGCCAUGGAGGACAGGCCCGUGUUCAUGAAGGAGCCAGAGGAGGGCCCCUAUCCCACAACCAGCAGCCUGGAUUCAGGCUCGCAGCUCGGGGACAACGAGGAUGAGGGAAUGAGCAAGACGGUUGACAGUGAAUUACUUGAAUACAGUGUUCAUGCCGGAGUUCAGACGACACUACAGGUAUUUAUCACCCACUCCUCCAACGUCUUCCUGUUGGAGCCAGCCAACGACAUCAAGAUCCUUUUGGAGGAGCACGUCGACAUGUGCAAGCGAGUCCUGAACAUCUACCGCAGCCUUGUAAUGCAUGAGACCAUGGACCAGAAAACAUGGGAGCAGGUCUUACUGGUUCUGCUGAGGGUGACGGAGUCGGUGAUGAAAAGACCUCCAUCCAUCAUGCCGCAGGUCAAGAAGAACAUCACGCUGUCAGGCAGGCUGGCUGGACCUAUCUUUCAGACGCUGAUAGUUGCCUGGAUUAAGGGGAAUUUAAACGUCUACAUCAGCAGAGAACUGUGGGACGACCUCCUCGCCGUCCUCUCCUCUCUCACCUGCUGGGAUGAACUGGUCACUGAGUGGUCACUCACCAUGGAGACCCUCACUAAGGUGUUGGCCAGGAACCUGUACACUGUAGAUCUGAAUGAGCUGCCUCUGGACAAACUCAGUGAACAAAAACAGAAGAAGCAUAAAGGAAAAGGUAUAGGCUCUGAGGGCCAGAGGCAGAUUGUGGAUCGCUCCUUCUCUAAAGGAUGGAGCAGAGACCAACCGGGACAAGCGGCAGCCAUGAGGCAGCGGAGCGCCACCACCGCCGGCUCCCCGGGCAUCGAAAAGGCCAGGAGUAUAGUCCGCCAGAAGACUGUAGACCUGGAGGACCCGCCCAUCACACUGACAUCCCGCACCUCUCGGAUGCGCCACUCCUCCCAGAGCGACGAGGCCCCUCCCACCUCCUGCUCUGAGGUCUUCCAGGGAGGGGCUUGCGACCUGGACAGCCCCGCCCCUUCCUCCUUCCCAAGGAGCAGCAGCGCCUCUGACAUCAUGGAGCCUUUCAUCGCCGAGCGGGUCAAAGCCAACAAAGAGGAGGUGGUCCAGAAGGCCCGUCCUGUCUCCAGUGACGUAGGAAGCACCAACCCGAACUUCUCUGACCUCAUGGAUGAGUUUAUCCAGGAGAGACUGAGGGCCAAAGGAACAGCGGGCCGUCGUGGCAGCAGCCCUGGCAGUCUGGAGAUUCCCAGGGACCUGCCGGAGCUCCUGGAGGCAGGUCAGAGUCCUGGAUCAAGGCCCUCAGAUGACCACCGUCCUAUAGAUGAUCCGGGGGUCCCCUCUGAAUGGACGUCACCUGCAAGCGCCAGCGGUUCGGACAUCAUCAGCUCGGACAGCCAGUCGGACUCCUUUAAUGCCUUUCAGUACUCCACUUGCAAGUUUGAGAACUUUACUUUCAUUUCAGAAGCUUGUGGGGGAGGUGUUGGAUCUGGGGGCGGAGGUCGAGGCAGCUCACUGGACCAGGACAGCCUGGGAGGGGGCGUGGCCUGUGACGAACAUGAAGUAGCCAGUUUGACAACACUUCAUAUCGACUCAGAGACCAGCAGCCUCAGCCACACUGUCACUGUUACCGGUUCUGAGAGUGCGUCUCCCAUGCAUUCUCUUGGGGGCUCUCGCUCCCAGACGCCCUCCCCCGCCACACUGACAGCAGAGCACGCUGAUCACACACACUCCCACUCGCACACACACCUACAGCUGGAUCAGAAGCUCCACAACUCUGUCCUGCAGACUCCAGAUGACCUGGAAACCAGUGAGUUCCCCAGCGAGGACUGCAGUGUCAUGGCAGGUGGCUCUCUAACUGGAUGGCACUCUGAUGUUGCCACGGUAAUGUGGCGUAGGAUGCUGGGCAUCCUGGGGGACGUCAAUAGCAUCAAAGACCCAGAGAUCCAUGCGCAGGUCUUCGACUAUCUGUGCGAACUGUGGCAAAACCUGGCCAAGAUAAGAGAUAAUUUGGGCAUUUCUCUGGACAACCAGUCGUCUCCCCCGCCCCCUGGUCUGAUCCCACCUCUCAGAAUCCUCACCCCCUGGCUCUUUAAGGCCACCAUGCUGACGGAGCGUUACAAGCAGGGGAAGCUUCACGCCUACAAGCUGAUCUGCAGGAUCAUGAAGAGACGGCAAGAUGUCUCCCCAAACUCCGACUUUCUCACACACUUCUACAACAUCAUGCACCAAGGACUGCUGCACCAAGACCAGGACAUUGUGAACACCAUCAUAAAACACUGCAGUCCCAGGUUCUUCAGUAUUGGUCUCCCCGGAGCCACCAUGUUGAUCCUGGACUUCAUCAUAGCAGCUUCUAGAGUCACCACCUGCUCAUCACUCAAUGCUCCAAGAGUGGAGGCCCAGAUCUUGCUGGGAUCUCUGGUGUGUUUUCCCAACUUGUAUGAAGAGCUUCCAGCCCUCCAUCCCACCACAGCCGAGGUGGUGCUCACCAAGUUCCCUGACGCCAAGGAGCAUAUUAUCAAAACCAUCCUGACCUCUGCCAGGGACGAACCCUCUGCUCCUGCCAGGUGCGUGGCUCUGUGUAGUCUGGGUAUCUGGCUGUGCGAGGAGUUGGCUCAUGGGACUCAACAUCCGCAGAUUAAAGAUGCUCUCAACGUCAUCUGUGUUACUCUGAAGUACCCCAAUAAGAAUGUAGCACUGGUGGCGUCGGACAUCCUUCACCUGCUGAUCAGUCAUGUGGAUCAUCUUCAGAAAUUCCCUCCCGACACUCCGAAGAAGAUCGUAGAGAUUUUGAUCGCCACCAUCACACACUUGCUGCCUAAUACCGAGUCUUCUCCUCAUGAACUGGAUAAGAGGCUGGUGGUGUCCCUCCUGUUGUGUCUGUUGGACUGGGUGAUGGCUCUGCCUCCAAAGACUCUUCUUCAACCCGUUCAAACACGAAGCCCUCCAGAGAAAGAUCAGCCUACCAAGACUCUGCUCAGCUGUAUUUAUAAGGUAUUACAUGGCUGUGUGUACGGAGCCCAGUCUUUCAACAGUCCCAAGUAUUACCCGCUGCAGCUGUCGGACCUGCUGAGUGCAGACUACGACCCGUUCCUGCCGUUGGAGAGCCUCCGAGAGCCAGAACCGCUGCACAGCCCGGACUCUGAGCGCUCCAGCAAACUGCAGCCUGUCACUGAAGUCCGUAGCCGUAUUCAGCAGGGCCUGGUUUCCAUAGCAGCCAGAACAGUUAUCACACACUUGGUCAACCAUCUAGGACACUAUCCGAUGUCUGGAGGUCCUGCUACGCUGUCUAGUCAGGUGUGUGAAAACCAGGACAACCCCUUCUGUGAGAGUGCAGAUCUUGGACCAGAGCUUUUCCAUUCCCCGAACCUACAGUUUCUGGUCCUGAACGGCUCCACGCUGCUCUCCGUGUAUCAGAUCCGAUCAGAGUCUGGUGUACCAGGAGGUGGAAUGACCGCUGGUUUGUCCUCUGCUCCCGCUUGCGUUCGUGUCAUCAUCCGAGAUGUAGCCGGAAAGCACUCCUGGGACUCUGCCGUUCUCUACGGUCCUCCACCGAGUUCCCCAAACAGCCCGACAAACACAUUCAUGUCGCACACACAGUCGCCUCACGCCGCGAGUCUUCACUUACGCACCCCACCAGGAGAUACACUGAAAAAGAUGGAAGGAGUGAAGAGAGGAGACAGCGAAGAUGAGGGGCAGGAGGAGAGCGAGGCAGAAGAAGGGGGGAGAGGGACGGAGGGCGAAAGGCAAGGGUUUCAGGGAGAGGGGGAGGAAGAAGAAGAAGAGGAGAGGAAAGUCACAGAGGAGGGGAUAGGAGAUCAAAGAGGAGGUGAAGGAGAAGAGGUGGAGGAGCAGGGGGAGGAGAGGAUAGAGCAUAGGAUGGAUGGGGAGGAGGAUCGAGGGGAGUCGGGCUUGGAGCAGCUUCUGGCGCCGCCAUUGGCUAAACGCGUUUGUCGGGAGGCGGUGCCGGCGUGGGAUUCACUGAGGGAGGGAGACGACUCACUGGACGAAAUGCUGCAGUACCUAGGAUACUCGAGUCCCGAGUGUCUACAGAGAGCAGGCAUGCCGCUCAACAUCCCGGCCCCUCCUCCGGCGUGCGUUUCAGAAAAGCAGGAGAACGACGUGAUCAACGCCAUCCUGAAGCAGAGCGCUGCUGAAAGAGAGUUCGUCCUUCAUAGAGGUGAGGAUCUGAACAUGAGGGCAGUGCAGCAGACUGAACCAGAGACUGAGACACCACAGUCAGCCUUCUACUACUGCAGACUACUGAUCAACAUACUGGGGCUCAACUCCUGGGAGAAGAGGAGUAACUUCCAUUUGUUGAGGAAGAAUGAGAAGUUACUGAGAGAGCUGAAGAACCUGGACUCACGGCAGUGCCGCGAGACUCAUAAGAUAGCGGUAUUUUAUGUGGCUGAGGGACAGGAGGACAAACACUCCAUACUAACCAACACAGCAGGCAGCCAGGCUUAUGAAGACUUUGUCUCCGGACUCGGCUGGGAGGUGGACCUCACUACUCACUGCGGCUUCAUGGGAGGUCUCCAGAGGAACCGCAGCACUGGCCAAACCACGCCUUACUACGCCACCUCCACCACCGAGGUCAUCUACCACGUCUCCACCCGCAUGCCCCACGACCAGGACCACAACCUCACCAAGAAGCUGAGACACCUGGGUAAUGACGAGGUCCACAUUGUUUGGUCGGAACAUUCCAGAGACUACCGGCGAGGGAUCAUCCCCACUGAGUUUGGAGACGUGCUGAUCAUCAUCUACCCCAUGAAGAACCACAUGUACUCCAUUCAUAUACUCAAAAAACCAGAGGUGCCAUUCUUCGGCCCACUGUUUGACGGGGCCAUAGUGGAUAUGGACAUUUUGCCCACCAUGGUCCGAGCCACAGCCAUCAAUGCCAGUCGAGCCCUCAAAUCCCUCAUUCCCCUCUACCAGAACUUCUAUGAGGAGCGUUCCCGCUACCUAGAAACCAUCGUGCAGCACCACCAGGAGCCGACCACGUUCGAGGACUACGCAGCUCGGGUCUACAGUCCCGCUCCCUGCACACACCUGCCCUCUGACGCAGGCUUCUCCCUAGAGAUUCUUCGGGGAGAAAGUCCGGCUCUUGGGGAGGCCGGGAGCGACUCGGCGUCCCCCAUGUCUCCUCGGACUAGCAAGAGCCGCAUGUCCAUGAAGCUGCGGCGCUCCUCUGGAUCGGCCAAUAAGACUUAAGCUCUCUCUGACCCCGAGCUGAUCAAGCAAUCGGACACUUUUGGUCCACAGUUUAUGCUGAAGAGUACGUGAAAUCAGACAUGACACACAUUGGAAAUAAACUGUUGUGGAGAAAUCCACAUCCAUGUUUAUUUCCAACAGGAAAAAUGACGGGUGUUGUUCUCAGGAACGAGCGUAACCAUCAAGGGUGUCAGAAUUUGAUGAUUCAUCACACAGUUGUACUACAAAAAAAAUGAUGUAAAAGUAUUCUGUGGAGUAUAUUACACUGUAACUUUAUUUAUCGAUUGCUCACCGCUGCUGAAUAUAUCCUUGGCUUUGCUCUUAAAAAGAAACCGUUUCAACCAGUGCUGAUCUUUGCCCCCAGUAGAACCAGCUGAAGGGAGUGCAGCCCAAGCAGAGCAGCACUAGUCCAUCAUAAUCCGUGCCAUGUUAGAAACCGCAACAAAAAAAAAAAAAAAGCUCAAGUGUGCCACAUUAGACGCUGUUCGCUUUUAGAGAAGCACGUUCAACGAGAUCAAACCGCGCCGCUAUGUGGAAUCUGUAUAUUUGUACUAUAUCCAGUCCGUGUGUGUACAGACAGAACUAUGAGUUUUGAUAUAAAAAAAAAAUGAAUUUCUGAACGAUUGCACCUACAGUGUUGCAUGGAGUAAAGCAAGAUAAAAGUAUAUUUUUGUUCUCAGUACAGCAUUAGGGCCUAUAAAGAUUAAGAGCUGGGGUCUGGUGCUAUUCAGGCCCCAUCAAAUGUAAAUAGAAAGCUCAUUGGUUUGCUAGCUAUGAAACAAAACACUUUGAUGGUGAAUGCCGCAUCACUCUCAAGCCCAAAAUCUUCUCCGUGUUUGAAUCCAGAAGAAAAAUCCCCCUUUGUCGAACUUGUGGGACUGAAAGCCGACCCUUUGAGUGAAGAGAUGUGAAAAUCAGUGUUGAAGGAACAACGGAUGGAUUAUUUGUCUUUUUUAACGGAGGGAUGGGUGAUGUCUGAACGAUCAAAGAGGAAGCACUUGUUAAACAAAGUUAAGUCUUGACUUUUUUGUGCUCAUGCUGUAAAAUGUGGACAAGCACUGAUCAUUUCAUUUAUGUUCUUUGUGUUUUUGCUCUUUUUUUUUUAAUUUUCCAAUAUAUAUUCUGUAUAUCUAUAUAUGUACGAGUAUGAAUAUAUAUAUAUAUAGUAGAUAUAUGAAUAUCUCUAAGAGUGUGUACAGUGUGAAGAGGCCUGUUGUGUAUAUACUGUUAUGUGAGAAUAGCUGCCAAAGUCAAACUGGUUUAUCCUCAGACCACAUUGUCUGCUCAAAAACACUACACGAUUUAAUGCUCAAAUGUUUUUGUUUUUUCUUUCAAUACCCAGUUUAUUCUUCAUUCUCUGGGAAUUUAAAGGUAAUGUAAUAUGAUCUCAAGUACUGUUAUUUACUGUUGAUAUGCGUAACCUGGGUAUCACAGUGUUUUAGGCCAUCAUAUUUCUUGUUUUUCAUAGUUUUACAUAUUGAUAAAUGAGUCCAGAGGAAGAAAACCAAGAUCAAAGGCCAAAGAGGGGGAGAAAGAAAAGUGAUGUAAUCUCACCAUCUCUUAGAAAUAAACGGUUUUGUGCUUGUUCCUUUUUUUUUUUUUUUUUUUUUUUUUUUUUUAAAUCCCGCUGUUAUAUUUAGACUCAUCCCCAGUUCCAGUUCUGGAUGGAGGGGAGCCGCAUGUAAUCACAAUCCAGAAAAUGUAACACUACGUUCACGUAUUAAUGUUUCUCAUUGGCUUUCAUGUUAUGUUCUUCAGGUUUCUCUUCAUAAACGGUCUCAGCUGUGGUUCUCCAGGGUUUAUCACCAUUGAACGUUCAUCCAUGUUAUUUGACAUUACGGCUCGUUCUCCACUUGUCUCCUUCAGUUCCCUUCUCCCUAGCCUGAUAUAAAGGAAACCUGCAUAUACUGUAUGAAACACUGGCAUUUGGAAAUCUAGAUCUGAGCUAAAGGUUUUGCAUUAUGCUUCACUGAUUAAUGUAUGUGUAUUCACAACUGUAUUGACUGUAUUUCCUGUUACUGUUUUUGUUUAUUUCAGCCAUAGAUUCUCUGUAGAGAGUAAAGGGAUUGUCAAACUUGUUUUUUUAACCUCUCUGUGUGGUUGAAACUGUUACAGAUUUGCCAGCGUAGAAAUGAGGUCAAAUUCAUGUUGUAUUAUUUUGUGUGUGAAUAUUUGAAGUCAGCCGAGAUUUGAGUUGUCCCUUUAAAUUAUUGCUGUUAACAGUUGUUAUUGUCGCCGAGGUUGAAUAAGCACCAUUGAUUGGUUGCAACACGUGGUCUACUAGCCCCACUGCACUCUGGGAAGGAUCUGUACGGCUGCUGUACGUAGGCUGCAGCUCACCCGCGCCUUAUUUGGAGGUUUUCAACCUGUAAACUUUAUGACAACAUAAACCUAUCCAGGCUUUAUCCCAAACUCUGUCCCAGUACCUUUUGAUUAAAACAUCAGUGACUCUACUUGAUUAUAUGAGUCAUGACGCUGCUUUCAUACAAACAUGGAAAAGAUGGGAAAUUUAAGAUUUGUUUUCAGAUUGUAACUCAGAUGUUUCACUUCAAAAAAAAAAAAAAAAAAAAAAACCUGAUUAGCAAAACCAAAAUGUAUAAAAACCUAGAUUACCCAAAGCCUUUCAGCAUUAUAACGAGCUCAUAUCACCCUGCCGGAGGACUGUCUGUGCUGAACGUUGUCCAGGUAGACGUAUUAGUCAGCCUUAUUGACCCGAAAUCGGACAUCUUGGUUGUCGUCGUCCCCCCCUCUCAUAUAUAUAAAAUAUGUGGCUUUGACUGACACGGGGCUGUAGUCAGUUUGGAGACUGAUGUAUGGAACUACUGACUGUACAUACUGCAUGACACCGGCUCAGUACUAACGCAUGUGUUGAUCAUGUAACAGCUGUAUCACAGCACGCUCGCUCACACACACCUCUGACUAUGUCGCUGUCACACCUGGAGUAUGUAGACGUGUGUUGUCUCUUUUUGGACACGGGAGAGAGUGCAGAUGUGCCAUGUUGGAGUUUGACAAUAAACGAUUCAUACAACC